UAAACAAACAUUGUAGUGGCAAGCGCAUGGUUCAUUAAGCAGGGCGACUUCCAGAAACGUCGACUCGUGGCCCGUAUUUUACCUCGCGUAAAAGAAUGUGGCGUGAUCCGAACGUAGUGGGGGUCGCCUUCCAGAAAAAACGAAAAAAAUCGAAAGGCGUUCAGAACUUUUCGAGAUGUCGAACCGUCAACACAUGUGGCGCUUGGCCAUGGAUCGUUGCAUUAGGUUUUCGUAAUCCCCGAAACCCAGACAAACCACUAUGGAAGUGCGGAGGUUCCCUGAUAUCGGCUAGGCAUGUUUUGACCGCAGCACAUUGUGCACAUAUGGAUGGAAUAGAAAACAUACACAAUCAUAAUAUUGUCAUUCUUAGAUUGGUGGAGGAGGUGCCAUUUUCGAGGUACGUAUAUCCCAUUUGUACGAAAGAGCCCCUACGAAAGAGCAACUUCGUCGGCUAUAACCCCCUUGUUGCUGGAUCGGGAGCAUUAAGAUAUAGACGACCACGACGUAAUGCAUUAAUGGAAGUACAAAUGCCAGUGAUUAAGAACGCCGAAUGCAAAAUAGCUUAUUCCAAAUUUCCUAAUGCACCUGAUAUCACUGAUGGUAUAAUAUGCGCCGAACAUGCUCAGGGUGGAGAGGAUUCUUGUACGGCUGACCGCGGCGGACCACUGCUGAUACAACAUGAAUUAACCUCGUAUUUAAUAGGUAUUGUGUCUUAUGCUUAUAAGUGCGGCACAGCUGGGUAUCCCAGCGUUUACACUAGGGUCACAUCGUACCUUGACUUCAUUCUCCAAGCGAUGCAAUAAUAUGAUAUUACUGUUCCAUAAAUAUCAUUGUGUAAAAAACGUAAAGUUGGAUUUUCUUAUUGUGGAGAUAAGAAACAGCUCAAAUUUACAUUGUUUUGUACGUUACAAAUUAUAGGCUUAAAAUGUACGAAAUGUAACUUUGAAACGACACUAAUUUUUUACGCACGAUAAACCUCCACGACUUAGGAAAACAGUGCAGGAUGCUGUGAUUCGUUUCUUGUGGUCGGAGGUUAUGUUUGAUGCCUAUAUUUAUCAAAGAUUUAAUGCACAUUAUGGAGAAAGUGUUUUGUCACGAAGUGUGUUUGAAUGGGCACAAAAGUUCAAAGAAGAUCGCACGAGUGUUAUGAAAAAACAGCUGGACGCCCGUCCACAUCCACGAUGACAACAUUGAACGUGCUCAUGAACUUAUGCUCUAUGGAAUAGACGAGUGACACUGGAUAAUGUGGCAAAUCAUUUGCAAAUCAGCCACGGCUCUGCUUAUGCAAUAGUGCACGACAGAUUUGGAUUUUAAAAAGUUUGUGCGAGAUGGAUGCCGAAAAAGCUGAUGAAAAGGUGAAGACGACGAUGCAUUCGUGGUUCGCAGCUCAGCCCAAAACAUUUUUUAAUGAGAAAAUACAAAGGUCCUUCGGCAAAUGGACAAAGUGUAUACAGAAAUCGAGUGAUUAUGUCAAAAAAUGAUGUAUGUCUUUUUUGACAAUUGCUUAAAAUAAAUUCUACACCGACAGAG